AUGGAGACCCUUGCCAUGGGAACCCUCAACAACCUCCACACUCUCGGAGUGGGAGUUGCGUGUACCGCCUUUGUGAUGACUGAGUUGCAAAGGCGUUUUGACUUAACCACCGUCGAUCUGAAGUCGCAAUCCUUGCGAAUCCUCUGCCGGAGUUUGCCAGAAACCUGUGCCUUGGCGGCGACGCUGCUGGUGGCCUUGGCCCUGCGGCUCUUCUCAAACCCAGAUCGAAAUGUCUCGGCGGAUCCAGCGGAAAUACAAGUCUGGGAGCAGAUCAAGCAGGAGUGGCCCAUUCUGAUGGGUGCGGACACCCUGUUGGCGGUGCAGGCCAUGCUGAGGCUCUUGGUGUGGGUGGCAGUGGUUCUCCGCAUGUCCAAAGAAACGGAUGGAUCUCCUUUGGCAGGAGCUUCGUCGACGCUUUACUUGGCAGCAGCUGGAGCACGAAGCCUUCUUUCAGCGCAGACGUCCGCUUAUGGUCUGGACGGGCCUCUUGGCGGUUCCUUCGCUGUCUUCUGUGAGGUCACCUCCGGUGCGUGGCUGGCUGCCCUUUGCUCCAAGGUCGGCAGAGGCUCCUGGUGCUCGGGCGCCUUCUUCGCGCUGGCGGCCUGGGCAGCGUCGCGUCACUACCUGAACCUCUCCGGAGCCGAGCCGGGAGGCGACUACUCCAAUGACAGGCUCUUCAUCCUGGCGCACUGCCUGGAGUUCUUUGGAUCGAUGGCACUUUUGGCGCGAUCUUUCCGCACCGUGGCCGGGGAGCCUGAGUCGACCCAGGCCCGAGCCCUGAACCCGCGCAGGGCGUCGACUUCCUGGGACGGCUUCGUGUACUUGCUGAUGGCCGCCCAGCAGGCCUUGCCGGCCUAUUACUUUCUGACGGCCUUCGCGCCAUGUCAACGACUCGUGGGCGAAGGUCGACCAUUCUGUCUGUUGAUCAUGGCAAAUCUGCUCCAGCUGGCUUUCCUGCUCUGUGCCUUGGCCUUCUACGUGGCUGGCCUACUUGGCGUAUCCACAGUCCAGGGAGGCCAGUCGACCCAGAUCCAUCGUGAGCCGGCAUUGCUGUUGAUGGAUUCUGGCAAAGGUGCUCUUGGUGAGUGUAUGAAGGGCUCCUACUUGUCUCUGCAGCUUUGGAAGAGGAAGUGGUCUCUGUCGCACUGCGACCGCGACGAAGGCAAGCAGCACCUGGAUCGACGCCUCACCAAGGCACUGACAGACACUCUGCGGCUGCAGAGGCCAACGCUUGUUCAGUCACGUGGAAUUCCUGUCGCCCUCGAGGGUAAGGACCUGCUCUGUCGUGCACGAACCGGGAGCGGCAAGACUCUGUGCUACGCAAUCCCGCUUGUGCAGCGACUGCUUCAAGAGGUGGAAGCCAAAGGUUCUGCAACACCUCUGAGUGGUCUCAUACUAGUUCCCACCAAGGAGCUCAUAGCUCAGGUGCACCGUGUUGUCACGUCUUUGCUAAGCUUCUGUUUCGAUGUUCUCACCGUGGACAUCCUCCUCUCGGGUGACAAGUACAGCAAAGCAGAGCUGCCUGUGAUGUUGGUGACAACACCCUCCUCGCUUCUUGCACUGGUGAAGCAACGUGAGGCCCGAGGUGCCAUGAAACCGUUGUCAGAGACACUGAAAGUCUUGAUUCUGGACGAGGCCGACCUUAUGUUUUCAUACGGCUACGAGGACGAUGUCAAAGCUCUUUGUGCCUUGAUGCCACCCAAGUACCAGGCGAUGCUGGUCUCUGCGACUUUGUCAGAGGAAGUUGAGCAGCUCAAGGGCCUGAUGCUCCACAAGCCGGUCGUCCUCAAGCUGGAGGAGCCGCGCGUGACGGGAAAGCUUACACAGUUUUACUUUGUCUGCCACAAGACCGACAAGUACCUUAUCAUCUAUACGCUGCUGAAGCUGCAGCUGAUACAGGGAAAGACGCUAAUCUUCGUGCAGAGCGUUGAAGCGGCCUAUCGGCUUAAGAUCCUGCUGGAGCGCUUCAGCAUUAACUCCGCCGUGUUGAACUCCGAGUUACCGCACGCUAGCCGUCAGAACAUCAUCGACGCCUUCAAUCAGGGGGCAGUGGAGCUUCUCGUUGCCACUGAUGAGGGCCUCGGGGGCAAUGAGGUAGGGGAGGCCACCGACAUGGCCGCUGACAGAGCUGACGGACGUUGGCUGCAAUUUCGUCGCUGGGCAUCUGUGCUUCCGAGCUCUCGGCGCUGGCCUGCUCGCUUGAACGCUUUCGACGUCCCAUUGGCAGCGGCUCCUUCGAUGCGGGCGUCGCAGCUGCUUGGAGGGCUCAACGUGCAGAACACAACAAACACACUCUGGACCUUCGCUGCUGUGGUGCAUGGGGAUGCAGCGUUGCCGCAGGGUGUCUCCAAAGAGUUGAUUGAGAAAAUGAACGAGAUUGAUUCACGGAGCCCUGGAAACAUCGCCCGAUGGUUGGCGCGCCUGCUGGCUCACGGCACGCUGCCCCUGCAAGCAUCAGGGGAUCGGGCUGUGGCUUACGUUCGAACGGAGUUCGCAGCUCAGAGCCAGAGAUUUUUCUCUGCCAUGGGCGAGCUUGGCACCAGGAUCCAUCCAACGGUGCUUGAGCUUUCGCAGCACUCCGAACGGAGCACAUGCACUGCACGGGCCUUCGGCCUCUCAGAUUCGCAGGGCACCAGGCUUCUCACGGCAACUGCGUCCGCUUCAGCUGCCCGGCUGGGGGACUUCGGGCCACUGAGCCUGGUGAGCCUCGCGUUGGCUUCCGCAAGGACAACCUGGCGUGGCGAGGCGCUGCUGCAAGCGACUGCGAAGAGAGCUUCAGCCACAGCGCAGCAGCCCAGCCCCCAGGGCUUGGGGAACCUGGCGUGGAGCAUGGCAACACCCCUCGUUCCCGACAAGUCCUCUUUGGAAGUCUUGGUUCGCGAGGCCGCGGCAAAGGUCCAGGAGCUUGGCUGCCAGAGCCUGUCCAACGCCAUCCGGAACUCCGGCAAGCCUGAGGCUUCGAUGGAUGCGGCAGCAACAACUGCGGUCGCUCUGGCCUCCACCGGUGACAACCCACGUCCCAGUCCACAGGACACUGCCAACGUGGUCCAGGCUUCUGGCCGCGUGCACAUCACCGGCCUCCCUCUCCUCGAUUGGACCCUGAUCUCUGCCAGCCCCAUCCUGCCACAGUUUGAUGCCCAAGGCUCAUCAAACCUGUUGUGGGCACCAGCAGAAGCUGCGCACGAGCAUCGGCCAUUCACUGAUGCAGCCUCCUCGGCCUCCACAGCUAGAGCCUUGCACCCCUCUCAUCCCCUCUCACUCUUCCUUCUCCCUCCCUGUACAGCGUACUCAACAGAAGCGCGGUUGCUCGUGGAGCUGAAGGCCGUCACUUGGGGGCUGCGUGGCCUCUUUGGCGUGCGGGGAAAGGUGGCUCCUGGAGACUGUUGCUCCCCUCCGGGUCCGACGGAGCACCGUGUGCUGGAUGCCGUUUCGAUGGGCUUUCUCAUGAUGCUUGCUUUCUGGGAGAAGGAUGUUGCGGCCGACCAGACCUUGCUCUUGGCCAUGAUGGGCUCGGUCACUCUGCGUCUGCCGCUUCUGCAAGUGGAGACUCCGUGGACGCGUGUGGACGUAGGUUUCGAGGCCUUCCUGCACCGAAGAUACCACAAAGUUGUCCGUCUGAUGGACUUCAUGGCAGCCACGGGGACUUGUAGUGCCAAAGGCGUGGUCGAGGCCUGUGAAGUCUUCGCAUCCAGUGGCCAGCGCCAGUGGCUCAAAGUGGCCGGCGAGGCCAAGGCCCAGGUGAUCGACGCGUCUCUGGCUUUGCGACGUGCACCAGAGAGGGCCAUCGUGGCCGAGUUCGGAUCCUUUGUUGGCUACUCCUGCGUGCGAAUGGCUUGGCGUGCAGGAUGCCACCACGUCGUGUCGCUGGAGUCCGAUGCGGUGCACGUGCUGGUAGCUCGACAUGUUGUCGCCCUUGCCGGGCUUUCGCACUGCGUGGAGAUCAUGCCGGGGAUGGCCCACGAUGUGCUGGAUCGGUUGGUUGAGGACUGGGGUGCAGGUGGCACGGACUUUGCAUUUUUCGACCACCGCGGCACACGGUUCCACUCGGACAUGGUCCACUUGCAGCGUACGGAGGCACUGCGAGGCCGCAUCCUCGCGGACAACACUCUGAAGCCUGGGGCGCCCGAAUUUUUGUGGCUGCUUUGCAAGGGCUCGGCGGGCUCGGGCUCGAACGGAGUCGCCUCGUGGUCACUCCCCGAGUUUCUGACUGAGACAUGCGAGGAUUGGAUGACCAGUGCAGACACUGAUGGCGAGGACGACGACAUGGAGGAGGACGAAGAGGAAGAGGAAGAGGAAUACGAAGAUGAUGCAGUUGCAGAGGACGUUGCAUCGGCUUUGCCAUCGGCUUCCACCGCUCGCAGGUCCGCGUUGCGAAAAUCAACCCCGGCUGGCACAGUGAAGGCUGAUGCAGGAGAUGAGGAGGAGCAGGACGACGAAGCCGAAGAGGAGGAGGAGGACGAGGAGGCAGACGAGGAUGAGGAGGUCGAACCUGUCAGACCCGCAAAAGCCGAAGCGAAAGCCAAACCAGGGCGCCGGAGGAUGCAGGAUGAGCAGUAUUCCCUCAUGAGGGGAGUGGACUUGCAAGGAGUAACCACGGUCCUGAACGCAGAUGUGCCUACGUCGGUGCGGGACUAUGUGCACCGGGUGGGGCGCUGUGCCCGGGGUGGCCAAAGCGGCACUGCGCUGACGAUCUGCACCCAUGAGGAGCAGCCUAUGCUUCAGAAGAUCAUUCAGGCACAGAGCCGUACAGGCACAGGGCUCCAGGCCCUGCCUAUGCAGAUCUCCGAUGCCGAGCGCUUCCGCUACCGUGUUGAAGACAUGGCAAGGGGCCUCACCAAGAAGGCCAUAUCCAAGUAUCGUGCACGGGAGCUACAGAUGGAGGCCUUGCAUUCCGAGAAGCUCAAGGCAUACUUCGAAGAGCAUCCAGAUGACAAGAGAGCCUUGCAGAGGAUGCAGCGAGCACUUCGCGAGCGAAAGUCGGUGAGGCAGCAUUUAAAAAGCAUCCCUUCCUACCUUGUGCCGGAAGCCUUCCAGAAAGCAACGCCUGUUCAGAAGGCCGUCCGGGAGGCCAAUGCAAGCGCAGGAAAGCCGACGAGCGCAGUCCGGCGGAAGCGCUUGAUCAAGGCCAAGCAGCAGGAUCCUCUGAAGAGCUUCGAUACUCCGGGCGUUGAGAAGCGACGCGAUCGUUUCACACGCGAUCGCAUGAUUGCGAAGGAGCGACGCAUGGACCCUGCCACCACCAACGUGGAGGCGGAAUCGGAGCGAAUCGCGGAGCGAGCAGCGAGUCGUUCGGCUUUGGCUCUCGAUCAGGCAGCUGCAAGCGAGCUGUGGCAGAGCCUCUUGGCUCGAAUCCCUCCACCCUGCUUUGACUGCUCUCGAGGUCAUUUUGUUGGAAUUCGGAUCAUUGGAGCUGGUUCAAUCCAAUCCCCGAAGCUGACUACACCAACCACAAUGAAAGCAGUUAUGGAAGAGGUGGAACUUCACAUCAUUGAUAUCAUUCUGCAGGCCGUGGCGCAACAAACCUGGCUGGAAUACGAAACAGCUAGAUCCAACAACUAUCCGGGCAUUGUGGAUGGAGAAGACGCGAUUAGGUCGAGAUCUGUGCGGCACGCACUGAAAACGAAGGAUGACCUGGAGAAGGAGCGGCUACGCCAUCGCUCCGGGGGCUUCUUCCGUUAUGAGAAUCGCGACAAUCCUAUCGAUGUCGUUCUCAACUGCCCCGGCUACUGUGGACCUCGAGAAAGGAUGACUGCCGGACCUCACUGCGAAGAGGUGAACUACGCCGAGCGCGAGCACGCCAAGGUAGUUCGAGACGAGCUCACAGAGGCCCGCCGCAAAGGCAAGUACGACAGAGAGGAGCACAGAUGGCGAUGCAUUGCCAAUGCAGACCAGGCAGGUGUAGACCGAGUUUCGCGUAUGCAGCAUGAUCCCAUGAUGGGAAGGAAGAACGUUUCAGGCCAGCCAUUCAACAUCGUAAACCAUUGCUAUGACAGGACUCCCGCUGGGGCGCAGUUGGAGCACCACGACAACAUGAUCCGGUAUCGCUCGAGGGUGCGGGAGGCCGCAUUGGCCAUGCGAAAUCACUUGGGGUUCAAUCCCAUCAUCGGGGAGCAGCUUGGACCUCAGCGGUGA